AUGAGUUUCCCACAACCCAAUGAACAUUAUAGUUCUAUUUUAGAAAAAUCCAUAGUUAAGGUUAUAGAGCUAAGAUUAUUAUUACAGAAAACAAAUGAUGAGGGUCCAUUUUUCAAUGAAUAUAAAGCCACUCUUUCAAAAUUCACUACUCAAUUGAGAGAACUUGAGCUUAAUGCAAAUCACCAAAAUCAAACUAUACAUGAGUUUGAUAGGGAAAUUGGGUUGUUAUACAUGACAAAUUUUGCCAUUCCAGUCAAACCAUCAUAUUUUAAAUCAAUGAAUCCAGUUCAAUUUUACAGAGAUGCUGAUGAAAUUUUUCAACUAUUACAGAUGAUUAUUCGUGAUUGCAAAGUAUCUAAACAGAUGAAAGUCUUCAUUCUCUCCAUGUUUCAACUUUCAUUAUAUUAUUGCUUAUCCAGGGCCCGUUUAUCUGAACUUGCACCAGAAAUAUCAAAACCAUUUUCUUAUAAAGCUAUUGGUUAUUAUCCAACAGGGAGAACAAUUGUAAAUGACCCAUUCAAAGAUAAGGAUAAACCAUUUUAUAUGCAUGCUGCAUUCAAAAAUAUUUCCAAUGGAUCAACAUCCAAAAUUAUACAUGCUCAAAUGUUAUAUUCCUCGCUACCUUUUGUGCCUAUGGAAACUUUAGCUGGACCCAAAAACAUCUUGAAGUUAAAGUCACGCUGUACCAAAACCAUUAAUAUGCUGACUGUGUCACGCUUGAUUAGAGAAGAGUUUUUGACACCGAUUUUGAGAUUGUUAAAGAUCCAUUUUGGAGUUAAUAAUCUAGAUAUGAUGCAGAAAGAUGUGUUAAUAAAGGAUCAAAUAUUAGCAAUUUCAAAAACUACAGGAGUUCCCAAUACGGUGAUGCGUUGUGAUCCAUCUGAACUACUCUUAAUUGGUCAACUAGUUAAGUCAUCCUUUGUGGUAAUCAUGCCAGUCUGGAUUUGUGAACCGGGUACUCUAAGAGAACAUAUUAAUGCGUUUGGAAAUUGCAAAGAUAAAUCUCAAAGACGCAAAAGUCCUAUACAAAAUCUUAUAUGUGAAGCUGUUUGUCUUUUAUAUGUCAGUAAAUCACGUUAUGCUUUAAUAACAGAUUAUAACAAUUUCUUAAUGAUUUAUAUGAAAGAGGUUGAAAGAGGUACUGAAGGAUCAUUUGAAAUUAAACAACUUGAACAAGAUCCUCCAGUUUUCAUGAAACUUGAUUGUGAAUAUUGUGAUUCUAGUGUUAGUCUUCAUAGUCUAAGCUCAUUCAUUAUAAAUGCUACUUUUGCCUAUAUUACAAAGACCGGGGUUGGGAGAGAGCUUCAUACAAACAACAAAAUUGAUACUGGAAUUCAAAAAGGGCAAUCCGGUGAAAGCUCAGUCUUUGAAGAAGAUCCAUCAUCGAAGGACAAUAAGUCUGGUGAUGAAAUUUCAAAUGCUAGUGAAGAUGGUUCCAUUGUUGAUGGUGAAGAGAGAUCAACUACUGAAUCUUCUCCAAGCCUGCAAAAUUCAUCAGGAGUGCAUUUCGCAAUACCAUGGCAGUACCUAUAA